UCCAAACUCGUUGGUCAUUCCACCUUAACAAUGGAAUCGGUUGAUAAUGAAGUGAUGAGCGAGAGCGCGAUCGUCCAAGCCUAUGCUCACGUAUGGACCCAUGCUUUCAACUCCAUCUCCUCCAUGUCCCUCAAAUGCGCCAUCGAACUUGGCAUCCCCGACGCCCUCCACCACCACGGCCAUCCCAUGACCCUUCCCGAGCUUGCCGCUGCCCUGUCGGUCCCCACCUCCAAGGUGACCUUCCUGCGCCGGCUCAUGGCGGUCCUUGCCCAAACAGGCUUCAUCUCUCAAGGAAAGUCUGCUGCUGAAAAUGACCAUGAGCAACUAGGGUUGACGUACUCUCUCACUUCUAUUUCACGUGUGAUCCUGAAGGGCGAGCCCGGUGGCUUGUCGCCUAUGGUGUCGUUCAUCCUUGGCCCCAUCAUACAAGAUCCAUUGCACUGCCUGGGGAAGUGGCUCAAGAGCGAGAGCCCAAGCCCUUGCACGCCCUUCGUCAUGAAGCACGGGAAGAGCCUGUGGGAGUACACGGCCCACGACGAGGGGCUGAACCAGUCCUUGAACGAAGCCAUGGCAAGCGACGGGCCAAUGAUCGCAAGGUUGAUGAUGGAGAAGCGUGGACGGCAGCUGUUCCAAGGGUUGAGGACGGUGGUCGACGUCGGAGGAGGGAGGGGAGGGUUGGCGAGGGAGGCGGCAGAGGCGUUUCCGCAAGUGGAGUGGAUGGUGCUCGAUCUGCCGCACGUGGUGGCCGGCUUGGAGGGGACGAGGAACUUGAAGUUUGUGGGUGGUGACAUGUUUAACGCUGUUCCUUCAGCGGAUGCUGUUUUGCUCAAGUGGAUAUUACAUGACUGGAGCGACGAAGAGAGCGUGAAGAUACUGAAGCGGUGUAAAGAAGCGGUUUUGAGCAAUGAUAAGAAGGGAAAGGUGAUGAUAAUAGAUAUAGUGAUCGGUGAUGAGUCCGAGGAAGACGAAGCAUCGAUGGGGAUUAAGCUUUGCUUUGACAUCAUGAUGGCGACGCUUGUCCUAGGCAAAGAGAGGAACGAGAAAGAAUGGGCUAACCUCUUUCAGGAGGCUGGUUUCACUGAAUACAGAAUCACUCCUUUGGAGGGUUUUAGAUCUCUCAUUGAGGUUUAUCCUUAAUGAUUGAGAUUAAUCAAAGUAAUAUGUGCCGUUGACAUCAAAGGUGUUCUGAUUAAUGUGGUUGCAAUUUCUCCUCUUCCUCUUUUCCUUCUUUUAGCGUGAUUUAAUAGAUGUGUCUUUAAUUUGCAGGUCUAUCAUAAAAGUAAUUGUGCUUGAAUUUGUGUGUAUUA